AGCGGUCAACAGUUAGACACCAAAAUUCACCUAGUGGGGCGUGAUUAUUUAUUGUUUGGUAAUUUUUUUUAAAUAAAUCAGCCUUUAUAUAGUCGUUGCAAAAAAAAUUAUUCAAAUCGGUGAUCUCAAUUCUGUGUCAUAUUCAUUUAAAGUUGUGAAGUCAGUGCAGGUGCGUGUAAAAAUUGGUGCAGUGUUUUUUCAAACUUUUCUGAUAAGAACAAAAAAAUCACCUGUUUUUUUUUAAUUAAAAAAAUUAUAGCUGGUAAGUAAAAAUAAUAUAUUUUUACAUGGGUAUUUUAUUUAUUGUGAUAUUUUGACUGGAAGAGUCGUACCUUCCAUUAUACAUAGACCGCUUCUAAGCGGUGUUGCAAGGUGCAGGCAAAACGUCGCUAUUGAAUUUGAAUGAUCAUGAUAGUAUGGUGAUUCGUAAUUUUCCUGCAGAAAAAUGUCUACGAGACGUAGUAGAGUGACUGGACGGAACAGGUGGACUUUUGCAGAAAUCCAUGCUCUGACUGAUGAAGAAAUCGACGAUUUGAUGGCUGGAGACCCGGAAGAGUUUGAGUCGGAUUUUGAAGACGAUGGUAAAGGUAUAUUUGAAGACAGCGAUGAUAGUGUUGACGAUCCAGAUUAUCAGCCAGAAAUUGAAGAGCUUGAUUCUGAAAAUAACGGUAGCACUUUAGUGGAAGAAAUUUCCGCCGAAUAUGAAGCACAAAUUUCACGAUGUGUUUCCAAUUUAGGACGAUGUAGUUCUUCUGAAUAUCUUUCUCAAUCAAUCAAUAUAAUCUUAAAUACGAGCAACCUGAGUGAUGUGAAUAACGGUUCCAAUGCAGUAAACACUACUCCAACGCACACAUCAUUAUCAGAAGAACUACCAUCUACAUCAUCAGUACAGCAAUCGGCAUCAACAACAGGAAUUGAAAGAGAAAGAAUAACAGCAACAGUAGUUCGUCUGUCAAAAAAACCUGUGAAACGGCCAAGAUCUCCACUACCACAAUACGAUGCAGAAGGUCCACAAUUUCAAACAAAUGCUAUUGGUUUUGUUGGUAGUGCUAUGGAGAUAGACACUCAAUCGAUUGAAUUAAAAAAUAUUUUGUGGCGUAAGGGAAACAUGCAGAAGCAUGUAAAUGAAAUUGCAUUUCUCGGUGAUUUUUCACUACCCGACGAAAUAGCAUGCUUGGACACUCCAUAUAAGUGUUUUGCGUUUUUCUUCACUGACGAAAUUUUUGAUUCUAUUGUUCAUUAUACAAACCUGAAUGCUAAAAGACAAAAUAUUGGCAGCUCUUUUUGUGUUACGACUUCGGAAAUGCGCAAAUUUGUAGGAAUCCUGAUAUAUAUGUCUGUAAUUCGAAUGCCGUCUGCUGAGCGCUAUUGGGGUCGUCAUGCGGUAACCCCAGUCAAGCAAACGAUGUCAUCAAAACGUUUCUAUGAAAUUAGAAGAUACCUAUGUUUUAAUGAUUUGUCUAAUAUGAAGAAAGUGGGAGAGCCAGGUUAUGAUACACAAUUCAACAUUCGUCCAAUUAUUGGUCAUCUAAAUCAACGCUUUGCUAUGGUUCCGAAAAAGCCACGUUUGUGUGUAGAUGAGCAAAUGUGUGCUACUAAGAUGCAUUCACGUUUUCGACAAUAUCUGCCUAAGAAGCCACACAAAUGGGGAAUGAAAUUAUUCGUUCCAUGCGAUUCUGAUGGUUACGCGUACAGAUUUGAGCUUUACUCUGGCGCAGGCGAUAAUAUCAUUCCUAAUGGUUAUCCAAAUUUAGGAGCUACGUCUAAUGUUGUUGUCCGACUAGCGGCAACGGUUCCAGCUAUGGUGAAUCAUAUAAUUUAUUUUGAUAAUUUUUAUACUUCACUACCGUUGCUGGUCUUAUUGAAGAGCAAAGGUAUAUAUUCCCUUGGAACUAUCAAACGUGAAAGAAUCCCCAAUUGUAAAUUGCCAAGUGACAAAGAGUCAAAAAUGAAACGUGGUGAAGUGAUCGAAUACGUCGGUAGCGCGUACGGAGUUGACAUGACCACUAUACAAUGGAAAGACACAAAAAACGUAUGCCUAGCUUCUACAUACGUUGGUAAUCUCCCAUUUUCUAAGGCUAACGAUGGACAAAUGCAACUUGCAAAAGCUAUCAGAUAUGACCGCAAAGACAAGAAUUAUCUUGAAGUCGACUGUCCGCAUAUUAUAAAUGAAUAUAAUGCGCAUAUGGGUGGAGUUGAUACUAUGGAUGGACUACUGGGGAGGUACAGGAUUCGGCUAAAAACAUGUAGCUACUCGCAUCGCUUAUUUUACCAUUUCAUCGAUAUGACUGUGGUUAAUUCGUACUUAUUGUAUCGCCGAAUACACAAGGAUGACACGGAUCAUGAACAUGUCGAGCUUCCUGAUUUCAGAUUCCUUGUCGGUGAUGUCCUUACUACUUUUCAGCCGCCGCAGGAAAGAAAUCCUGUUGGCCGACCACCAAAAGACGUAGUUCGUAGUUGUGCUGGUAGAACUAAGACAUAUCUACCACCGCCAGAAAUACGAUUUGAUCAGUAUGACCAUUGGCCAAACGUAAAGGACGUGAAAGGAAAACGAAAAUGUAAAUUACCUGGUUGUAAAUAUAAAACACAGGUAACAUGCAUGAAAUGUAACUUAAAUCUUUGCUUGCUUAAAGACAGAAAUUGUUUCGUACAGUUUCAUAAGAAAUAAACUUUCCUCUAACUGAUAUUUUCGUGUUUAUUGUACAUUUCCUCUUCAGUGCCAAUUCUUUCCUCUACCAGGCAACACCGCUUAGAAGCGGUGUAACGGUUUUUUCACUUCAGCUUAUUAAAUAUUUGCCUAAGGUGAAAAAUGAUCUCAUUUUCGUUUUUCUCGAUGCAAAAUUAGUUUGUAAAAAUUUUUUUC